AUGGCGCAAAAGGCAAAGAAGGACAGAGCCAAAUCCAAUGCCACCACCUUGAACAACCUCCACAUCGGUUCCGCCGUUGUCAAUGUCGCCUUUCUCAUCUUCUACUUCAUCUUCAAGUCCCGGUCUCUCUUCUGGUUCAUCCUGCUCUCCUCUCCGGCCCUCAUCUGCGAGUACGUCCUUGAGAAAUCUGGCCGUCCCAAGUACGACGCGGGGGGAGGCCUCAAGUCCUCUGGCGAGGACUUGGCCGCUGCGGGCUUGACCGAGUACAUGUUCGACGUCGUAUGGGUGACUUGGGCCUCCGUCAUUCUCGUUAUCUUAUUCGGCAACUGGGGUUGGUUCCUGUGGCUCGCCGUGCCCGCCUACGGCGCAUACGCUGGCUAUGGCUUGCUCGGAGCUGGCAAGCGUAUGGCACAGAUGGGCGCUGCGAACAGCGAUGAGCCUGCCCCGCCCGCCAACAGGAGGCAGCGUCGAGCCGCAUAG